AUGUCCAUCGCUCCUGCCCCAUCCACCAGCCGCGGGGAUGUUGUUCUCCAACCAAAUUAUUUUACUUCCUCUGUCUAUGUGAAAGCUCUGCGAGACGAUAUCUCCACCUUGAUAUUCCGUUUUCAUGAGGUGUUUUCGUUGCCUGGCUGCACAAAGCCUUUUGCACUCUUCAAAAAUGUCUGGCUAAACCUUGGAUGGAACUGGCUCCAAUUCAAGGUCUUCGACAGCAGGUCUCGCCACACAUUUCUGGAUGUUACCUUGAGAGUAUUCUUGGGUGUCCGUCGUUCAGAUCACUAUGUCUCUCUGAAAGCGAUGCCGGAUUCAUUGACCAACGCUCAGACCCUUCCUCUGCAGCCGUAUGCCCGUUAUGUGCUCUCCUGUCUGGAGAGAGACCAUGUAUUCUAUAUCCUCCCCAAGAGCGAUCUUGGCGCGGCAAACCCAAGGGAUCUUCCAAGAGAGAUCUUUACAGAAGAUGGCAUGUCAUUUCAUGACCAAGGACCGCAGAAGAGAAGGGGGCGACCUGCCCGUCGCGAAAAAGGGAAGAAGGCUAGAGCUGCCUUGGACCAACUAGACAAAUGGACAGCUGAAGACGACCAUAGGACCUCCGAGUUUGACAAUGUCCUGAAUGAAUACACAGCAACCAAAGCCAGUAUACUAGACGCCGACCUGCCGACAGGAAGUUUCGAGGACGUUGGUAAGACAGUUGUUGCAAGACUGAAGGAAACGCAGAAAAACGCAGGGCAAGAUGACGGUGGCAUGAUACCACAACUUGAGGGACGACUUGACGGGCAUCCCAAGGGGAUAUUCGGCUUGCUCGCAUCGUCAAUUUCAGCCGAGCUCUUCCCCGUCUUCAACCCACCUGCUGCAUCAGCACAGGGAGUCCAGAGCAACAUCGAGCCACACCUCCUUGACCCUACCGCCUGGGGAUCCAACCUUUCACCAGAAUUUCCUGAGCCUGAUGAUUAUCUCCACAAUCCUGACCCUCGGCGAGACCGGAAACUAGACAAAAGCAGAAAUGUGUUCACCUAUCGAGGCGUCACGAAUUUGGGGUUCCUUAUUUUGCUCUGCCUCGGACUUCUAAUGCUCUUUGCUGGAUACCCACUGUACUCUCAUUUCGAGAGUAAAGAGCAAUCCACAUUAGGCGGCUUUAACCUGGGCGGGAUUAACGCAUCCGGCCAAGUACCAGCUAUGGCUGGAAAUUGGGGGUUAAUCGAUAGAGACACACCGGCGUCUGUUUACACCAAAUCUUCAGUCCAUGAUUCCAGGAUAGAAAUGCAGCUUGUUUUUAGCGAUGAAUUCAAUGUUCCCGGUCGAACAUUUUAUCCCGGUGAAGAUCCAUACUGGGAAGCGGUAGAUCUACAUUACUGGGCAACAAAUAACAUUGAAUGGUAUGACCCUGCUGCUAUCACGACGUCCGAUGGAGCACUGGAGAUCACGCUAUCAAAGAAGGAAACACACGGCGUUAACUAUCAGGGUGGUAUGAUGUCGACAUGGAACAAAUUCUGCUUUACUGGUGGCUUGGUAGAGACUGCAGUAACACUGCCUGGUAGCACUAACGUGGUUGGCUUAUGGCCCGCUAUUUGGACCAUGGGAAAUCUAGGCACAGUUGCAAAUCAAACACGGAAUGGUCUUCCCAUUGCGGCCACAAUAAACGGCGACGGACAAGCCAAUGGCGCUCUCUCUUACCUGCCAGGUCAAAGACUCUCAAGAUGCACCUGCCCUGGAGAGUCGCACCCUGGACCGAUGCAUCCUGAUGGUACAUUUGUUGGGCGUGCCGCCCCCGAGAUUGAUGUUUUUGAAGCACAGGUCAGCGGAGAACCGCUUAUCGGGGAAGUUUCCCAAUCGUCUCAGUGGGCGCCGUUCAAUGACCGCUAUCACUUUUUAAACAACUCCAAUACGGUGACCAUUAAUAACCCCGACAUAACAUUUCUCAAUCCGUAUGUAGGAGGAGCUUUUCAACAAUCAACAUCUGGGGUUACCAAGACGGAUCAAAAUUGUUAUGAAAUGGGAACCAAGUGUUUUUCAGUAUAUGGAUUCGAGUACAUACCCGGAUUUGAUGAUGCGUAUAUCACAUGGAUUUCAAAUGGUAUACCUGCAUGGACACUCAAAGCCUCUGGAAUGGUUGCAGAUACCGCCGUUGAGAUAUCUGCUCGUCCCAUACCUCAAGAACCGCUGUAUUUAAUCAUAAAUCUUGGGAUGUCUAAAAACUUCGGUGACGUAGACUUUGACCAUCUCGUUUUUCCUGCAAAAAUGCGCGUGGAUUGGAUUCGUGUAUACCAGCCUAAAGACAAGAUAAACGUCGGAUGCGAUCCAAAGGAUUUUCCAACAGCUGCAUAUAUCAAUGAGUAUAUUGAAGCAUAUACAAAUCCCAACUUGACGACCUGGGUGGAUGAUUACAAGCAGACAGUGCCUAAAAACUCUUUUCUGGGGCAGUGUUAA